AUGCCCCAGCUACUGUCGCUCCCACGGGAGCUCAUAGAGCACAUCUGCCGUCAACUCGUCGGCCGCGCUAGAGAUGUCAUUCCGAAGCCCUGGGAUCCAAAGUCUCUGUCUCACCUCUGCCAAACCUCGAAAUCCAUGCAUCGUAUCGGCACUCCCAUUCUGUACGCUGGCUUUAGCAGUAGUGAGAGCGGCAUACAGCGAAGCGCCAACUUCCUGAGGACAAUCAGCCUGCGUCCUGAGCUCGGCGAACUGGUGCGGGAGCUGCACAUCUUGGUUUAUCGUUCGCAAAACCUUGAUCAAAGCCAAAGGGAUGUAUUCCGGAAAGCGGCAGCAAGGCUGGGUGUAGGCAUUCCUGGCUGGCUGGAGCAUCACCCGUCCGAGACCGUCGCCUUUCUCCUCGUCGCCCAGACACCCAUGUUGAAAACACUCGAUAUCUACGUUUUCCACAACGUCUAUAUCGAAGACGACCUUAGCCCCUUCAACAUAUUCGAAGAUGCAUCUGUGCCUGCUCCGUGGCGCGUUUGGCUGCCGCAUCUGCAUCACCUUGGCUUGGGCCACAGCAGCGAAGAACAUUGUCUGCAAUACUUUGGCGGCAUCCUUCAGUUUGCGUCCGGUGUGGCCGACCUCACCCUGCGGUCGAGCUUUACCAUCCCCUCCACCAGAGCGCUUCGCAACGGCCUCAUGCAUUUCGCAAAUGUCACCCAUUUAGUUGUCAAAGGCUCCGACUGGACCCGGUCUCAGCUGGAAGCCGUCGUUUCUCGCUGCCUUGCGCUAGAGGAGUUCCGCUACCAGAGCCUGGCAGCCGAAAACGGCCAUGAACCAGAUACCGUCAACGCCAGAGAGCUCAUCGACAUGUUGAGGCAGUAUGGCCACAACAACACGCUCCGAACUUUGUACAUGGAUCUGGAGGAUCGAGACCGUUACGUGGACGAUGAAUACGUUCCCAGGAGGUGUUCUGAUGGCGAGCAAAUCCUGUCGCUCAAAGACUUCUCACAGCUUCAGACUUUCUGUGUUGAUGGCAGCUCGAUGCUUUUUCCCGCGGCGGAUUCGCCUGAUUACCGUACCAACAUCUUGACCAAUCUGCUGCCCAGCUGCAUCCGCUGUUUUCGUCUGAUGAGCGCACCAGAUGAGUCUGUCGCCAACAUGUUGUCUUUGGCGGAAUCGAUUGCGGACUUUCCAUUCCUCGACGAGGUGGCUUUCGCACUGAAUGACGGAUACGGGGAGUGGGAUGAUUCUGAUGAUUGUGAUGAACCAGAGACGGACAAACUGCUGGAAAAGCUGAAGGAUUGCUUGACAGCUAAGGGAGUCCGGCUUGAUAAGGGAUAUAGUAGAUGGUCUUGGUUUCAGCAAUAA